AUGCAAGUCACCACAGAAUACAGCCAUUUUCACAACAAGACACGUCUUGACCAAAACAAGGGAACAACCGCAGCCAUUUGUGUUCAAAACCUCUCUAGAUGGACUGAAGCAAUUGAAGAAAUCUGCACAUGGCCUGAAUACAAACCACAACCAUUGCGCUCGCUGCCCCUUCAGGCGGAGCAACUUGGCAUUGGAAAGCUGUUCUUCAAGGACGAGAGCAAGCGCUUCGGUGCCUCUCUCGGAUCCUUCAAGGCACUCGGUGCUCCGUAUGCUGUGUUCAAGAUCCUGGCGGAGGAGGUCUUUUCGAAAGCUGGCGUCAGGCCAACGUCAGAGGAUCUUCGAACGGGCAAGUUUAGGGACAUCACGCAAAAGGUCACAGUUUGCGUUGCUACGGACGGAAAUCAAGGUCGAGGUCUCGCCUAUGGGGCCAAGACCUUUGGCUGUCGUUGUGUGGACUACAUUCACAAUCACGUCAGCCCCGGACGUGCUGAGAUGAUGAAGGACUUGGGCGCUAUUGUUAUUCGCGUAGCGGGUGAAUACGAAGCCUCUGUUGAGAGAGCCAAGGCUGAUGCGAGAAUGAACGGAUGGCAUUUCGUAAGCAGCACCUCUUGGAGCAACUUUGACAACAAUAUCCCGCGAAACGUCAUGAAUGCUUACAUGGUCAUUGUGGAGGAGGCACUCCAGGCGAUUCCUGUCGUGGAGAACAUCACGCAUGUUUUUGUUUGCGGCGGCGUCGGCAGUAUCGCAGCGGCCGUAUUCCUUGGCUUCUUCACUCGCCUCUCUCAGAUCAAACAGUCAAACCAAGGCAGAGUCCUAAUCCCUCCGAGGUUUAUCGUGGUUGAGCCCAAGGAAGCGGAUUGCUUAUUCCAAAGCGCCAAGACAGGAGAGAUAUGUCUCUCCGAAGGAAGUCUCCGUACGCUGAUGGCGGGCUUGGCUUGCCGCGGUCCAUCACCAGCCGCAUGGAAGAUCUUGACAUGGCUCGCCAGUGACUUUGUUGCUGUCCCAGAUGACGUAGCGGUUGCGGGGAUGAGGCAAUUGGCGGGUGUAGUAAGUUGUCCUGAUCAUUUAACGCCUGUAGAGUAG